GGCAUGGCCCCUCUAUAUAUGAACACGCUACCAUGAACCAAGUGUUCAUUCAGCACACAAGCAAAAAAAAAUGCCUCGUCUAGCCACACAUAAGCUGCUUUUGCGGCUUCUUUUCACCAUUAUUCCUUUCCUAAUCCUUCUUCCUUGCAUGCACUCCACUGAUCUGGAUGCACUUCUCUGCCUCAAGUCCCAGCUCUCUGACCCCUCGCGAGCGCUAGCUUCUUGGAGCAAUGCGUCUCUCACGCCCUGCGGUUGGCAAGGAGUGAGAUGCAGCACGCUUAACGCGUCUCGUGUGGUUUCAUUAGACCUCGGGUCGCUAAACCUCACCGGUCAAAUAUUUCCCUGCGUUGCGCAACUUGAUUUCCUUGACAGAAUCCACAUGCCAAAUAACCAUCUCACUGGCCACAUCUCCGCCGACAUCGGGCGGUUGACCCGGCUCACAUACCUCAACCUUAGCAUGAACUCCCUGGUUGGUUCCAUCCCUGAUGCCAUAUCUUCCUGCUCUCAACUCGAGACCAUAAGCCUGGAGAGCAACUCCCUUGAAGGUGAGAUCCCUCAAGCUCUCCCUGAGUGUUUGCUUCUCCGGCAAAUUGUUCUCAGCAACAACAGUCUUCAGGGAAGCAUCCCAUCCAGGUUCGGUUUGCUUCCCAACCUUUCUGUGCUAUUGCUCACUAGCAACAUGCUCACUGGAAACAUUCCAGAGUUUUUGGGGAGUAGCGGUUCUCUCAUGUCAGUGAAUCUAAGAAAUAAUAGCCUCGGUGGAGGAAUCCCUCCUGCCCUGUUCAAUAGCACAACCAUUUCCUACAUAGAUAUGUCACAUAAUAACCUUUCAGGAUCUAUCCCUCCUUUCCUUCAAACCUCUGCACCACUGCAAUACCUCUCACUAACUAAAAACUACCUCUCUGGGGGCAUUCCUUCUUCAAUUGGAAACAUGUCUUCCCUAUCUUCCCUUCAGCUUGCUCAAAACAACUUACGAGGAAGCAUUCCAGAGAGCUUAGGUCAGAUUUCAGGUUUGCAAGUACUAAACUUGAAAGAUAACAAUUUUUCGGGCAUCGUCCCUCUAGCAAUUUACGCAAACACUUCCCUUACUUAUCUUAGCCUUAGUCUCAACCAACUUGUUGGUAGAAUUCCUGCAGACAUUGGCUACACUCUUCCAAACAUCACUGAGUUGAUACUAGGAGGAAACCAACUCGAUGGCCCAAUUCCUGCUUCACUGGGCAACGCAUCAAACCUCCAAAAUUUAGACCUUCGUCAAAAUUCACUCACUGGCAUUAUCCCUCCAUUGGGACACUUGAGCAAGUUGAAAAUUCUAGACGUGGGUACAAACAUGCUUAAAUCUGGAGAUUGGACUUUCUUGUAUUCUCUAACAAAUUGUACUAAACUAAAGAUGUUGUGUUUGGAUUUUAAUGGCCUUGGGGGGACAAUGCCUACUUCUUUUGGUGAUCUUUCAAACACCUUAGAGGUGCUUCUCCUAUCUGAAAACCAACUGAUUGGUGAAAUACCUUCGGAGAUAGGAAAACUCAAAGGCCUAACUGCUCUUGUAAUGCAAAUUAAUUCACUCUCAGGGCGCCUUCCUGUUACCCUUGGAAAUCUUCUAAAUAUGUCACUACUAAGCUUAUCCCACAACAAACUUUCUGGAGAAAUCCCACAAUCGAUUGGGAAACUAGAGCGACUCACCGAACUUUAUCUCAUGGAAAAUAAUUUGACCGGUCAAAUACCUCCGAGUUUGGAAGGAUGUAAAAAUUUGUUGUUGUUGAACCUUUCUUCCAAUAAGUUAUUUGGAAGCAUUCCGUCAGAACUCUUUUCCAUUUCAACACUUUCUAAAGGUUUGGAUCUUUCCUAUAACCAACUUAGUGGGAACAUACCUACUCAGAUAGGUAGUUUGAUGAAUUUGAAUUCACUUAGUUUAUCCAACAACCAAUUAUCAGGUGAGAUUCCUUCCGCACUCAGCCAAUGCCUCCUUUUGGAAUCUCUCUCUUUGGAGGAAAAUUUGUUGCGAGGAAAAAUUCCAAAGUCUCUUGGGACUUUAAGAGGAAUCAAUAUGAUGGAUCUAUCUCAAAACAAAUUGUCUGGUGAAAUACCAAAAUUUUUGGAGUCAUUUACCUCCUUAUAUAUUCUCAACUUAUCCUUCAAUGACUUUGAGGGACUAGUCCCGAAAGGCGGUGUUUUCUCCAAUUCAAGUGCAGUGUUCAUCCAAGGAAACAAAAAAUUGUGUGCAAGUUCUCCAAUGCAACAAGUGCCACUUUGCACCACAUUAGCUUCCAAAAGGAAGAACACUGGACAUGUUGUAACUAUAGUGGUUCCACUUACUACUAUUGUUGUAAUUGCCUUGGCAUGCCUUGCAUUCAUUCUUCUGAAGAAUAAAGGUACUAAAACUGAGGGGCACAUCACCCAGUCCUUCAGGGAGCAUAACAGAUACUCAUACAUGGAUUUAUAUAAAGCAACAGAUGGUUUCUGUUCAUCCAGUAUUGUUGGUUCAGGAAGCUUUGGAGUGGUAUACAAAGGCCGUUCAGAAUUUCAAUCCAUUGCCAUUAAGGGUGAUUAGUCUAUGCUCAACCACUGAUCCAAGAGGAAAUGAAUUCAAAGCACUUAUUCUUGAGUACAUGGAACAUGGUAACCUAGAAAGUUGGCUGUAUCCAAAAGAAAACAAAGCCAACCCAAAAAGACCAUUGGGUUUGGGCUCAAGGAUAACGAUAGCUAUGGACAUAGCUGCUGCAUUAGAUUAUCUCCAUAAUCGAUGCAGUCCUCCUUUGGUUCAUUGUGAUUUGAAACCACGCAAUGUCCUUUUGGGUGAAGAAAUGGUUGCAUGUCUUGGUGACUUUGGACUCGCAAAAUUUCUUCAUGGAGACUCUUCAACGGGAGUUAAUAAGUCAUCAAAUAUUGCUGGACCGAGAGGAUCAAUUGGAUAUAUUGCACCUGAAUAUGGUAUGGGGUGCAAGAUCUCAACAGAGGGUGAUAUCUAUAGCUACGGAAUUAUUCUUUUAGAGAUGAUUACGGGAAAGCAUCCAACAGAUGAUAUGUUUAAGGAUGGUAUGAACCUUCACAACUUCGUGGAAGCAGCACUUUCACAGGAAAUUGGUGAAAUCCUAGAACCAAGUUUUGUUACAUAUGAUGGAGAAGGAGGAGAAAAUCUUCUAAUGGCUGAAAUAAAAUGGUGUGUCACUCGUCUAGCAAAACUUGGCCUAAAGUGCUCUGAGAUAUCAGCAAAGGGUCGGCCGACAACAGAGGAUGUUUAUGCUGAAAUCAUCAGCAUCAAAGAAAAUUUUAUAUCAUUGCAGCAUAGACAAAAUAAAUCAACAUCAUCGUUGUAACUCACCUCUAGCUAUUUCAGUUAGAAGUAGCAUGGUCAUACACUUUUUUGGAAAGAAAUAAGUAUUAUGUUUGAAUGCAUAUAAGCUGAGCAUAUGGAAUUACAAAGAGAUUAACUUGAAUUGACUACUAACUGAGAACAUAUGUGAUCCAGCAACAGUUUGCAUGGCUCUACCCUAUCUAUUGUUUGUGUUCUUCUGUUCUCACAACCGUUCCUCUGGAUCAAACAAGAAGAAAAUUGAUGCCACCCUAUUCACCAUGUGAAAUGUAGUCUGAAUCAAGGUGUAUUACUAUUACACAUGCAUUUCUUAAUAAUUAUUUCAGGUAAUGUUUGGCACUGCGAUGGAUUAGUUUGCUAAAUGCAGUAGCAACAGGGGGUUCACACAUUUGCGCGUGACUCUGCUAGAUCAACGCCUCUUUCGUUUGUCCUAUUACCGGCCGAUCUCUACUAUCUAAAAAAGAUACAAUGUUCCCUAUUUUACCCAUCCGUUAUUCGUUCCCCACCUCCUUCCAACCCUCACUACAUACAUUAUCUUCUCCUCUUCCAUUUUGAUUUCUUUUUCCUUCCACCUGUAGUUUUUACCAUUGGUUUUCGUUGAAAACCACACACGUUUUAUCGGUUUACCAAAUGAAAUCAUGUCUUCUUUGGUAAGUCAUUAAGUGUUGAUUCUCAGCGCUUCAAUUGGCCACAAGUGUCCGUUUUUUGGUAUGUAAUCACGAUGAUUGCGUACCCAAUAUUUAUAUCCCCGUUGCAACAUGUGUCCAAUUAGCUUGUUUUACCCACUGAAAAAAAUAGCGCGCUAUAACGCCGCUAAUAGCACGCUAUAGCAUAUAGAAAAUUGUCUCGCUAAAUAAAUCAAUGUGCAAUGCCUCGCUAAUAGCACGCUAUAGCACGCUAAUAGCAUAUUUUCAGGGGCCACGCUAUUUUCUGUAGC